CAGUAUCCGCAUACAUACGUCAACAUGUCUAUCUGGCUAUGGGGCCUCGGUCUGGGCGCAGGUGCCUUCUUCGCACGUCUUUCCACCACCGGCCGCGCUGCGCUCGUCGCGAUACGCAAGAACGGUGUCGGCGGUUCCAAGCUGGGGCGAAGCUUUUACAAGGGCGGCUUUGAGCCAAAGAUGACACGGCGAGAAGCUGCGCUGAUCCUCGAGAUGCCUGAGCGCGGCAUCACAAAAGAACUCCUCCGCAAGAAGCACCGAUCGCUCAUGCUGCUCAACCACCCCGACCGCGGCGGUUCCCCGUACCUGGCCACCAAGGUCAAUGAGGCAAAGGAGAUGCUCGAGAAGGAGGUCAAAUAAGCAGACGACCGUCAGCGCAGAGCUGGAUAUCAACAAGAGCAGGGCGGAGAUGUAUAAAGAUGUGUACUAUAUGACGGCCCGAUUACAUUGCAUGAGCAUGGCGUUUGUUGGGAUUGUAUAAGACGUUCGAGAGACAGGGGCAGAUGAGCGCCCGACGAGGUACUGACGGUCAGUGUCCUGGCUGCGCUGUUAUGAUAAGAUCACGGUAAUACCCACUACUCUUUCUACG